AUGUGCCUCAUCUAUCUGCUUUCCUUUCUCGACAAGCAGACGUUGAACUUUUCCAACGCGUUCGGUCUGCAGGAGUCACUGAACCUUGUCGGUCGGGACUAUGCCUGGGUCGCGUCGGUUACGAAUAUCGGAUAUAUGGUAGGCUCCUACCCGUCCAACCUAGCUCUGCAGAAGUUCCCCAUCGGCAAGUUCGUCUCGGUGAUGCUCCUCACCUGGGGCGGACUUCUCAUUGCCACGGUUGGCGCAAAGAAUUUUGCCGGGCUGAUGGCGCUGCGUUUCCUGCUCGGGGCCGCCGAGGCGUGCAUUGGGCCAGCGUGGAUGCUGAUGACGAGCAUGUUUUGGACGAGAGAUGAGCAGCCCCUCCGCAUGUGCAUCUGGCUCGGAUGCAACGGCAUAGCUCUCAUGUUGGGAUCCGGCAUCUCCUGGGGGCUCGGCCAUAGCCGUGACACGUCUCUGGAGCCUUUCCAACUGAUCUUUUUGGUAAUCGGUGUCAUAACUUUCGCCGUGGGCCUUGUAGCCUUAUUCUACUUGCCUUCUAGCCCUCUCGACUUCAAACUCUUCACGGAAGAGGAAAAGGUCGUCUCGGUCUGGCGAGUUUCUGGUAACCAGACGGGAAUCAAGCACAGUAAGAUUCUCUGGUACCAGAUUCGCGAAGCAUUUCUCGAUCCCAAGGUCUGGUGCGUCGCGGCUCAGCAACUCUCUAUCGGCAUCAUCAACGGCAGCAUCGCCAACUUUAUGAGCGCGCUCCUCCAAGGGUUCGGCUAUUCGCAAGUUCAAAACGUCUUGUAUCAGCUGCCAAGUGGUGCGUUUCAACUUGUCUGCACAGUCUUCGCCGGCUGGUUCUCGUCUGCCGUGCGCAACACGACCGUACUGACGGUUGUAAUCGUCCACGUGCCGUCCCUGGCCGGCAUCAUAGGCGUCGCCACGAUCGACAUAUCUCACCGCCUCGCACUCACUGCCUGCUGCUGGCUCCUGGGAGUCAUCGGUGCGGCCAUUAUCCUGAACUGGUCGAUCGUCGCUGCCAACUUUGCCGGCCAUUCUAAACGCAUGACGGUCAAUAGCGCAAACUUCUUCUUCUACGCCACCGGCAAUGUCAUUGGCCCCUUCAUGUUCACUCCUAGCGAAGCUCCUCGCUACAUGUCGGCGAUCAAAGCUCUUUGCGGCAUCUACAGCGCCUCGGCCUUCUUCACGGCCGCGAUCGGAAUCUUCAUGUGGAACCAAAAUCGCAUCCGUGACAAGGCGGCACGGUCAGGCAUUGUUGACCAGGGAAUGAGCGUGGCGGAAACCGGCGAGGAGGGCUUCCAUGAUCUCACCGACAAGGAGAACAAACAAUUCCGUUACAGAUUGUAA